UAUGGCUAGAAUGGGGGUUAAAGGGCGCUGCGUAGUGUCAGGUGUAAUAAGAUUAGAGAAAUUAUCGACAAUCUACCUUCCUUAUUCCUACGAACCCCUGAAGUACGAAUAUAAUCGAGACGUGGCAGAGCAGAGCUCAUAUCACGCCAAAAGCAAGGCGCUUUUUACAGUUGGAAACGACUUAAUACAUUCCAUCGAUAUUUCCAACCCAUACUCGCCAACCGUUACCCACUAUACUCGUGUGGCCGGUGGAGAAUUGACGGACGUCGAAGUGUGUGACGACAAAUUGGCCGUCACAUGGGACAAUAAAGUGGAUCCUAUAGAUGGAAAGGUUUUUGUUUAUGACAUUGCUAAAACUGGUGACCUUGCGUUAUCGGUUGAAGUAACUGUAGGUGCUGUCCCAGAUAUGUUACAGUGGACGCCUGAUUGUAAGAGAUUAGUAGUUGCUGUCGAAGGCGAAAUGCGUGUAAUAAAUGGCCAGUUUGUUGAUCCGGAAGGCUCCAUUGCUGUUGUUCGAAUUGACGGUGGCCAAUACGAGCUAAAGAGAGCUAAUUUCUCAAAAUUUAAUGAUCUAGCUGAUUACUACGUUUCCAAAGGCGUACGUUGGGUUUAUAGGAAAAAUGGCUCCACGUUUGCCCAGGAUUUGGAGCCUGAGUAUAUAGCCUUGAAUAAAGACGGAAAAACGGCUUACAUCAGUCUACAAGAAAAUAAUGCCGUUGCGGUUAUGGAUGUGGAAAAAGCGGAAAUCUUAGAGCUGUACGGAUUAGGCAGCAAAAGUUGGUCAAACUUGAGUAUUUCGUUAGAUGGAAGCAAUCAUCUAAGCGACUUGCCAUUACAUAGCCUUUAUCAGCCAGAUACGAUAAAAUAUUUCGAAUUUGAAGGAAAAGAAUACAUUUUGACCGCAAACGAAGGUGAAGAGAAGGAAUACGAGAAACUCAAUUUCACAGAUGGUGUUAGCAUUGCUGAACUAAUAGAAAAAAACGCUAUAAAUGAUGAACUGAGAGAGCGUCUAAAUGACGAUGAGAGAAUCGGUCGGCUACGAGUGAGUUCGAUUGACGGUCUAGAUGAAAAUGGACUGCACGAAACUCUGCACGCCUACGGGGCCAGAAGCUACUCUAUCCGUCGGGCGUCAGAUUUGUCAUUGAUAUACGAUUCUGGUGAUGACAUUGAAAAAAACAUUCAUAAGCAUAUUCCAUACGUGCUUGGAUCUAACGGCAAAGACAUUGACAAAACCCCAGAGGGCGCGGCCGGUUCCAGGUCUGCAAAGAAAGGGCCGGAAACAGAGAACGUCGACGUGGGCAGGGCAUUCAAAAAGACUCUAUUGUUCGUCGCUAACGAACGGCCCGGCGUGAUUUUGAUCUAUUCUUUCGACCGUCAGCUCGCGUCUAACUUUGAAAGUAUUCAUUACGCUGGAGGGCAAGGUCGAUCGUGGUUGAAUUUGUAUGAGAAUCGAGCGACUGCUGACGUCGACCCGGAAGAUAUCAAGUUUAUUCCGGAAGAACAAAGUCCCCAUUCCAAGCCCAUGCUCAUCGUUAGUGGAACAACAAGCGGUACAGUUUCCUGCUAUCAAGUAGUCGAUGAUUUACCGGAAGAAAAAAGAGAAUUUGCUCCCACGCCAUCCGUUUAUUUUCCACACUUGGAAGAUUCAUCAACUGAUUAG